AUGGAUCCUAAUAUAAUAUCUCAAUUCCAACAACAGAUUACAAAUUAUGAGAUAUCACAAGCAAAUCUUAUUAGACUACUUUCGCCACAAUAUCAGCAAUACAUUUUUCAACAACAAUCGGUUCAUCAAGCUCAACAACAGCAAAUGCAGCUCAAUCAAAUUAAACAACAAAGAUCAUAUAUCGAGCUUCCUCCUCAACAACAAAUGGUCUAUAACCAACAAAUACAACAGAAUCAUAUUAUCCAACAAAAUUCUCUUCAAAAUCAGCAACGUAGAAUUUUAGCAAUGGCUCAUCAACUAAAUCAACAACAUCAACAGCAACAACUGAAUCAAAUGAAUCAAAUGAAUCAAAUGAGUCAAAUGAAUCAACAACAACAACAACAACAACAACAACAAAAUCAACAAAAUCAACAACAACAAAAUCAACAACAACAAAACCAACAGCAAUCAAUGCCAUCAUUCGAAAUGGUUUCACCAAUGGCCGCUGCAAUGAAUGCUAGUCCAAACUCUACAGGUGCAGCAACUCCAACAUCACCACCCAACUCUACAACCUCAACAACUACCUCAUCAAAGAAAGAGGAUAAAAAGAAAGAAGAUAAAAAAGAUAAAGAGGACAAAGAGGAUAAAGAAGAUAAAAAAGAUAAAAAAUCAAAGGCUAAAGAAAAAACAACCCAUUGGACCCCAGAAGAACAUACAAAGUUUUUAGAGGCAAUUACCCAAUUUGGUGUUAAAGAUUAUCAUGCAAUUGCAAAGGUUGUUCAAACUAGAAAUCAUCAUCAAGUUAGAACACAUGUAAAUACUUAUUUAAAGAACCAAAAGAAAUUAGAACAAAAAGAGCAAGUUUCAACUCCAACAACAGAUACUCCUCCAACCAAUAUUCAAUCCGACAGUACUGAGCAACCAACUCCUCAGCAAACUCCUCAACAAACCUCACAUACAGAACAAUCACUACAACCACAAGAGUAUCAAACACAAGAAUUAAAUCAACAUCAAAAUAUGCAACAAAAAAUGGAUCAACAACAACAAUAUCAGCAACACAGCACACCACAACAAUAUCAACAACAAGGAACACCACAACAGUACCAACCUCCAACGCCACAACAACAAUACCAACCUCAAGGAACACCACAGCAAUAUCAGCAACAAAGUACACCACAGCAACAAUACCAGCCACCAACACCACAGCAGCAAUAUCAACAACAAGGAACACCACAACAGUAUCAACAACAAAGUACACCGCAACAACAAUAUCAACAAAGUACACCACAACAAUACCAACAAAGUACACCACAGCAAUAUCAACAAUCAUAUGAUGGUCAUAAUGUAACCUCACCAAUUGACCAACAGAAUAUAAAUAAUAUGAACACUUUAAAUAAUAAUAAUAAUAGUAAUAAUAAUAAUAUGAACAGUUUAGGUUUAGAAAACUCUAUGAUGAAUAGUAUGGACGGUCAAAAUACUAAUAAUAGCCUAAUGAACUCAAUGGGAUAUAAUGAUAUGGAUGCCAUUGGAAUAACCAUGGGUUUUGGUUUAGAAAAUAAUAACUAA